UGCGCAACGCCCGCCGUUGAGGUUGCACGCGAAUUUGAAUUACCGCCGCGGAUCAAAAGGAAAAACGUUAAGUUGCGAGAGAGUUUGCAAAGUGAUCGGAGUGAAAACCGAAUUUGGCACAGCGUUUCAUCUAAAAAGUCUAUCUAUCUGUGGGCGCCCAGUGAAAUUCAGUGAAAAUUGCAAAUUGCAUUGCACCGGCCAGCUGUGCACCUGGAUUAAAGCACAUACCGCUGAAAAUUGAAACCGAAAACGAAACCAAAGCCCAAACCAAUCAAAUAGUUUCACUUUUUAUUGGAUUAGCCGCAAAAACAGCAGCAACAGCAGCAGCAACUCAUCUCAAUUAAACAGCAGCAGCAGCAGAAACAGGAAAUUUUUGGCAACUCUUGGAUGCCCGAAAAUGGCACACUAUGAUCAACGUUGGCUGAAGCUCUUCUCCGGAUGCCUUUUUCUCUUUUUGCUGGCUCUGCAGGUUUCGGAUGCCAAGCGCACAAAUGCGAAUCUUACAGCCUGCCAGCAUUUAAGACGCUCGGAGACGAGACGAGCCAAGUCCCUGCAAUCCGGCUUUGAAGGACCAUCGGUACGUGUGCCGCGUUGUCAGAAGAACGGUGAUUUUGACACUAUCCAAUGUGAUGAUGAAAAGGCUGGCCGGGAUUGCUGGUGUGUGGAUGAUUACGGCGUGGAAUUGCCCGGCAGUCGCAAUGAGACAAGAUCGGGAGUGACUUGCUCCGAACCGAAACAUUGUGCCGCCUCCGCCUGUCGCAUGUUCUGCCCCUCGGGAUUCGCCCGUGAUCCUGAUACUGGAUGCUCCGUUUGCCGUUGCCGUGAUCCAUGCGAUGGAUUGGAGUGUCCUCGCGGACAAUCCUGCCAGUUGCAGGAGGUGCAGUGCAAGUCAGAGCCAUGUCCUCCACUGCCCACCUGCAAAAAGGCCCGAUCUCUGGCCAAUCUAUGUCCCGCCGGACUACCCCUUGCCAUCGAUGACACAGUGAGACCAUUCCUUUGUGGUCAAGAUCCGGGCAAGCCACAGUGUCCGCCUCUGUACCAAUGCCUGGUGGAGUCCGGCAACGAUUAUGGAGUGUGCUGCCCCAGUGCUCUGACCUUCCAGAAACCCGGAAUCUGUCCAGCACCGGAGCAAUCUCAGUACACCGAACGUACGGGUUACAUGUGCGGUUCGCCCUGCUCCCACGAUUUAGAGUGCCGGAAUCUGGAGAAGUGCUGUUUCACCAAGGGAUGUCAGUUUAAUUGCCAGCAGCCGGGAAAUAUUACGGGUUGUCAUCAGGCCAAGGCGUUAGCCGACAUUCUGUCGAUCAAUGAGCGUGAGGGACGUGGUUAUGUGCCCGAGUGCAAUGGUCCUGGUGGUCAGUUCUCCCCGAAACAAUGCUCCCGGAACGGACUGGUCUGCUGGUGCGUGGACCCCCGAACAGGGCACAAGAUCAAGGAAACCAUGGGUGCGGCCAAUAACGUCAAUUGCGAUGGUUGGGAAAACAUGAUCAGCAGGUCUUAUGCCAGAAGUUUCCAGAUGGAGCAGUGUGAUACCAACAUUUGUGCGGCUGUCUGCGAAUACGGAUUUAAGAACGAUCACAAUGGCUGUCCCACGUGCGAAUGCUCUGAGCCCUGCGAUGGCUUCAAGUGCUCCAUUGGCUCCCAUUGCGAGGUGGCCACUGAUCCUUUGUGUGAAUCUGGUUCCUCUCUUUGCGCCUCCUGGCCCGUGUGCAAGCCCGACCUGGUCUACUCCAACCCCUGUGAUGUGGGAACCCCACUUUCGGACUCCGCAACUGGUGAGGUGAUGUACUGCUAUGAGGAGCGACAAGGACGCAGUUUCCAGCCCACGGCCUUCUUCGACACUGAACCGGAGUCGCAAUCCAAGCAAGGUCGCUCUAUGAGCAAUCGUAUCAUGUGCCCGGAACAGUACAAGUGCACCAAGCUCCACCGAGAAACGGAGAACGUGUGCUGUCCACUUCCGGAAAAGACCAUUCCUGCUGAGGAGGCAAUGGGAUCGCAUCAGCAAACAAUGUGCGAAUAUUUGAGGGACUUCUCGGAACGGAUGGAGGGCACUGAAGAGGGCAUGCAACUGGCGAUUCCUUCGCCACGUUGCACCACCGAUGGAGACUACGAGGGUCGCCAGUGCCAGCUGAAGAAGAUUCGAGUGACACGCGCCGAACAACGCAAGAUUCUGGAGGAGAACACCAUCCGGCGCAUGAGGAUGCUGCUCGCCAGCGCUGCUCCCAGUGUCCCAAAACGCUCUCGUCGGGAUUUGGAACGCCUGAAGCUCUAUCGGGUGGAGGACAGUGCUCUUAAAGUCCAGGCUGCUGCUCCCGUCAUGGGUCGCAGUGCCAAGGUGAUUGACAUGGGUGCGGAUCGUCAGCAGGGAUUGGGUCAGCUCUUCGAAACGGAAUUCAAGAAGGUGGCCUCCGCAUCCAAGAGACCGCCAGAGAACGAGGAUGAGCUGGUCGAAAUGGAUGUGGAACAAUGCUGGUGUGUGGAUAGCUUUGGCACGGAGAUUCCCCGAUCUCGGGGCUAUAAUGUCAGCGAAGAUACCUGCCGCAGUUUGCGGGAGGACUUGGACUGCCUGGAUCUCACCUGUAGAAUGGGUUGUGAAUAUGGCUUCGCCCUGGAUCCGGAUACCCGUUGUCCGGCCUGUCAGUGCCGUGAUCCCUGCGAAGGGGUGACUUGUGGCUCUGGAAAGGAAUGCCGCGUGGUGGAUGUGAGCUGUGAGGGUGAAUACUGCCCUCCAGUGCCCGCCUGCUUGCCAAGAAAACCGGGACAGUGUCCUUAUUUGGUGCCCCCGGGUCCCGAUAACCUGGACGCCAAUACCUGUGCCUAUGAGUGCCGAACGGAUGCCCAUUGCGCAGGAGCUAAACGGUGCUGUUCCAACGGUUGUGGCACCCAGUGCGUGGAUCCCCAGCUGAAAACAGCCUGCCAGCACUUGCAGGCCAUCCAACUCCACCAGAGUUCCGAGCUGGGCAUCCCCGCCCGCCAAAUGGCAGUGGCUCAGUGUGACGCCAAGGAUGGCAAAUGGGAGCAGGUCCAGUGCUCGCCAGAUGGUCACUGUUGGUGUGUGGACGACCAAGGUAAAAUCCUGCCUGGUACUAAGGUUAAAUCACCCGAAACACCGAAAUGCCAGGAGAACUCCAGUUUCGCCUGCCCAAAAACGAACUGCAGCCUGCAGUGCGAAAGUGGCUACCAAAUGGACUCCAAUGGAUGUCCCACCUGUCAGUGCAGAAACUACUGCCAUGAAGUGAGCUGCUCACCUCAUGAAGAAUGCCAACUGAUCUCCGUGGAGUGUGUGGACAGUCCCUGUCCCAAGAUGCCCAUCUGUGUGCCCCGACGCGCCUCCGUUUGUCCCGAGGGAAAUCCUCUCCAGCAAGGCGAUCUGGACAUGAGCUGUGGACCCCACAACGAGCACGAGGCCUGCCCCACCACCCACUCCUGCCAGCUGAACCCGGUCACCAAUCGCGGGGUCUGCUGCUCCAAGACCCGCGAUGUCUGCUUCGAGUCCAUGGAUAAUGGCUGUCUGGCCAGUGGGAAGUCGGAAAGGAACAGCACUCGCUAUCGGUUCAGUCCCAAGGCCAACAAGUGCCUGGCUGUGGUCAUUGAUUCCGAGGCACCCGCCUGCCAGACCAAAAACCUCUUCCACAACGAACUGGCCUGCAACUCCGUGUGUCCAGUUUUAACUCAGUGCGAACGCCUGAAACUUAAGAACAGUCUGGCUGCGCAGCGCACGGGUCACUCCUCAGUGUGGUUCCAGCCACGAUGUGAUCCCGUCACCGGUCACUGGAGCCCAGUGCAGUGUCUGGGCAAGCAGCCCCAGCCCUCGGACAGGCACACGGAGAUUGUGAGUCGCGCCUUUGCCUCCGAACCCGCCUCCGCUGCGGAGGAAUCCCCCGGAGUUUGCUGGUGUGCGGACAAGAAGGGUGCUCCUCUGAAGGGAACCCUCACCCGGGAGAGCGAACCCAUCUGCAACAGCCGACAGGCUCGUAAUCGCAAGAACUUCGAUGCCGGAGAUCCGCUGAUGGAGCAACUGAUUGCCCAGCUCACCCAACUGAACGAUGUGGCCAGCGAGGAUCUGGAUUUCGAUGAGCUGGAGGCCAGGAUUCUUCCCGCCACCGCGAGUGCGGCGGAGUCCAGUGUCACGGAGAGGGUUCUCGAGCUGGCCAACUCCCUGCUGGACUCGCAGUUGUCCGUGGAGCAGGCCACCCUGAAACCCAUGGAGCUGAAGACCACACGGUGUCGAGCUCUGGCGGAAACGGCUCCAUUUCCGGUUAGUUGCGAUGAGACGGGAGCUUUUCGGCCACUUCAGUGCAAUGGCCGGAGUUGCUGGUGCGUGGAUGCGGCCGGCAAUCAACUGCAGGCCACCCACAUCUUCGGAGCCGGAGAUCGUCGCUGCAACCAUGUGCCCAUCGAGGCGGUGGCCAUCGAACUCCACCUGACCAACAGCAGUGGCCGGAGUGUGAGGAAUGCCUAUGACACUAUCCGUAGGGAACUGCAGCAGCUCCUGGGUGGCGAAUCCGUGGAGAAUCUGCGGGUGCAGGAGAACUUCGAUGGAUCGGCCAUAGUCCGUUUCGAGCUGCACAACGAGGCCAAGGUGGAUUUGGCCUUUGCCAUCGAGGCGGCCAUUUCAUCCGGAGACUUCCGGCUGGCAGGCGGUCACUUCCGGCCGGACUUGACCCGCUCCCACUUUGUGCAUCGCAGCGCCCAGGUCCCAGUGGCUCAGGCGGCCACCGCCCAGGACGAGUCCAUCCAGCUGGUGCUCUUCAUCAUGGCCACCAGUUCCGCCUUCCUGGUCAGCAUAUUUGUGGUCUAUGUCAUGCUGAAAAGGGGCCGGAGCCUCAAGGCCGUGCACUCGUAUUCGAAGGGUGGCGGUGGGAGUGGCGACAAGCCCGUGGACUACUCCGCCCCCAUCUUCGUGUUGGCCGCCAGCGACAUGGACGCACAAUUGGACAGCGUCAAGGGGUUCAAGGCGUAGGCCUUUGUUGAGUUAUCUAAAUCAAUUUGUAAAUAAAAGAGAGCAAAUUUAAGAUGUACUUUUAGGGGGGAGGAGUUCCACGGCGGAGGUCAGCGGCUCGAUUCUACCCCAACUAAGCCAAAAGGGGUGUGCGACUAGAGGGGCCCCCACUAUCGAAUACUUAUCGCAUAUGUUCUAGUACCCUAAGACGAUUAAUUUAUGAAUAAAGCUUUAAAAUUGAA